UACGUCUGCUGUCCCCACCACUUCCACGACUACUUCUACUGUGCCCACUGCUUCCACGACUACUUCUCCAGUUCCCAUCAUCUCCACGAGUACAUCUACAGUCCCCACCACUUGCACAACUACCUCUACAGUCCCCACCACUUCCACAACUACGUCUGCAGUCCCCACCACUUUCUCGACUACUUCCCCCGUUUCGACCAUCUCGACAACUACUUCUGCAGUCCCUACCUCUUCCAUGACUACGUCAGCUGUUUCCACCACUUCCACGACUACUUCUCCAGUUCCCAUCAUCUCCAUGAGUACAUCUACAGUCCCCACCACUUCCACAACUACGUCUGCUGACUCCACCACCUCGACGACUAAAUCUGCAGUCCCCAACACUUCAAUGACUACUUCUCCAAUUCCCAUCAUCUCCACAACUACGUCUGAUGUCCCCACCACUUCCACAACUACUUCUCCGGUUCCCAUCAUCUCCAUGAGUACAUCUACAGUCCCCACCACUUCCACAACUACGUCUGCUGUCUCCACCACCUCGACGACUAAAUCUGCAGUCCCCAACACUUCAGUGACUACUUCUCCAAUUCCCAUCAUCUCCACAACUACGUCUGCGGUCCCCAACACUUCCACGACUACUUCCCCCGUUCUGAUCAUCUCGACAACUACUUCUGCAGUCCCUACAACUUCCACGACUACGUCUGCUGUUCCCACCACCUCCACGACUAUUGCUCCAGUUACCAUCAUCUCAACGACUGCUUCUGCAGUCCCUAGCACUUCCAAGACUACUUCUCCAAUUCCCAUCAUCUCCACAACUACGUCUGCUGUCCCCACCACUUCCUUGACUACUUCUCCAGUUCCCAUCAUCUCCACAACUACGUCUGCUGUCCCCACCACAUCCACAACUACGUCUGCGGUCCCCAACACUUCCACGAGUACAUCUACAGAA